AUGUCUGGCAAUAAUAUCAAAGUUGUAUGUCGUUUUCGACCCCAAAACAAGUUGGAAAUAAGAGAAGGAGGUGUACCCAUUGUUGAAAUAUCGGAAGACGGAACGGGUAUCUCUCUCAAGGGAAAAGAUACAAACACAUUCUCAUUUGAUAAAUGCUUUGGAUCAAAUACAAGACAACAAGAGAUCUUUGAGUACUCUAUCAAGUCUAUUGUAGACGAUGUGGUUGCUGGUUAUAACGGUACCGUCUUUGCCUAUGGUCAAACUGGCUCCGGUAAAACAUACACCAUGAUGGGCUCCAGCAUUGACGAUCCCGAAAAUAAGGGUAUCAUCCCUCGUAUCAUUGAGCAAAUCUUUACCAGCAUUCAGCAAGCUCCUAUCAAUAUGGAGUUUACCGUCAAGGUCGCUUACAUGGAGAUUUACAUGGAAAGAGUCAAGGAUUUGUUAGUUCCUCAAAACGAUAAUUUACCUAUCCACGAAGACAAAGUCAAAGGUGUCUAUGUCAAGGGUAUCAAGGAAGUCUACGUCUCUGAUACAAGUGAAGUGUACGAUGUGAUGAGAAUUGGUGGUGAUAAUCGUGUUGUUGCAUCCACAAAUAUGAACGCUGAGAGUUCAAGAAGUCAUUCAAUCGUGCUCACAACAAUUACACAAAAGAAUUUGGAUACGGGUGCUGCGAAAAGUGGAAAACUGUACCUGGUCGAUCUUGCCGGUUCUGAGAAAGUGGGAAAGACUGGCGCUUCAGGCCAAACAUUGGAAGAAGCCAAAAAAAUUAACAAAUCACUAACUGCUUUGGGCAUGGUAAUCAACUCGUUGACAGAUGGAAAGUCAAGCCAUGUACCCUACAGAGAUUCUAAACUGACUCGUAUUUUACAAGAAUCAUUGGGUGGUAACUCACGUACCACAUUAAUUAUCAACUGUUCCCCAUCAUCCUAUAACGAAGCUGAAUCCAUCUCCACACUACGUUUCGGUGCCAGAGCAAAGACCAUCAAGAACAAGGCGAAAGUUAAUGCUGAUUUGUCUCCUGCUGAACUCAAGGCAUUAUUAAAGCGUGUCAAGGGCGAUGCUGUUUCAUACAAGGCUUACAUUUCUGCUCUCGAGAAUGAGAUUAGCAUGUGGCGAUUGGGUAAAGUGGUCCCUGAAAAUAACUGGGCUUCCAUGGACGGUGCCAAAGCAAAGCCUAUCGCUGCUGCUGCUGCUACUGCUGCCAAUACUACUGCACCUAUUACACCUCCACAAACACCCGCUCCUGCAUUCAAGCUAUCCGUUGAUGAUGAUAGCAGACCAUCUACUCCCGCCAUGGUGCUUGGAAAUGACGAAAAAGAAGAAUUCAUCAAACGAGAGCAAGAACUGCUUGAACAGAUCACUGAAAAGGCAGCCGAACUAGCAAGUCGCGAAAAGCAGGUUACUGAAAUUCAAGAAAUGCUGGAGGAAUUGAAGAAGAACGAAAAGGAGCUCAGUAGCAACAACAAAUUACUGUCUUCUGAGUUGAGUGAGGCUCAGGUCCAACUGGAAAAGGAAUCAUAUGAAAAGAAGGAGGGAGAAAUCAACAUUGAUUCACUCAAGGAAGCUAAUUUGGAGUACAUGUCUGAGUUGGAGGAGCUCAAAGCAACCUUGGCAAGAUUAGAAGCCGCUGAAUCAAAGAACGUGGAGCAAUUGCAAGCUACAGAAGAGGCAAUGGAAAAUGCUGAGGAAAAGAAGCAAGGCAUUGAGGCUGACCUGGACAUUCAAGACAUUACACCCGAAGCCAUCACCAAGCUUCGCCACGAACUACAAACAACCAAAGCCAUGAUCGAGCAACACAAAGUAACCAUCGCCAAUCUGGAGCAAGAGAGAGACUCGUUGUCUCAAAAACGUGAUGAUCUUGAAGUGCGCUUCAGUAAUUUAGAAGUAGACUAUGAGGAGUUGCUGGACAAGACCAUUGCAAUGGAAGAAAUGGACGUUAAACAAACUAGCGAUAUUGCAGACUCUAUUUCAGAGCUCAAGACGAAACUGGAAAGCCAGUUUAUCAUGAAGAGCCAGGUUCAGCAAAAGGAGAUUGACUCAUUGAAGGCUGAUAUGGAAAAGAAGACCAAGGAAGAAGAGAGACUGAUAAGCGCCAUGAACGAACUACAGGCAGUCAAUGACAAACUCAUGCAAAUGAAGCAAGAGCCAGGCCUUUCAGCGAGCUCCAAAGAAGCCACUGAACAAAAGGAACGUGAACUGGAGAGAAUGCGAAAAUCUAUGGCACAGGAAUUGGCUGAUUUCGAGACCAUGAAGAAGGUACUGAUGCGUGAUCUUCAAGGUCGCUGUGAAAGAGUGGUAGAACUGGAGAUGACACUAGAUGAAGUCCGUAUUCAACAAAGCAACAUGAUAAAGGCGACCAGCAAUAAAGCGCAACAAAAGAAGAUGUUCCUUUUAGAGAGAAAUUUAGACCAAUUGACCAAUGUACAAAAGCAGCUGGUGGAACAAAACUCGCAUCUCAAGAAGGAAUCUGCCUUGUCAGAACGUAAAUUAUCUGCUAGAAAUGAGCGUAUACAAAACUUGGAGUACUUGUUACAGGAAGCACAGAACAAGUUACUGACUCAAAAUGACAAGUUCGAAUCUCAACUUCAAGCUGUCAGAGGUAGAUUAGAGCAAGCUCGCACGCACAAAUCACAAGGAAAUUCCAUGUUGAACUUUAACAGAAUUGCUAAACCUUUACGAGGUGGAGGAGCAGCAGUGGAAAGCUCACAAGAGGAAAAGUUGCCUGAAAAGCGUGAAAAGAGAACAUCAUGGUUCCGUUAA